AAUGUUAUUUGGCAGCGUUGAAUUUAAAGCCCCAUUGAUUAAAUUCCGUCCCAGACUUUUACUAGUGGGCGGAUUCCCGCGCUUUAAUCUUACGUCACUCCACGAGCAGACCUGCGCUAAAAACAGAUACCGAUGGGAUCUAAGUGGAAUAACAUCCAUAAUCAGGUGAAAGCAUGGUGAAGUCUGCAGCCUAAUCAAGUUGAUGCAUUUCUAGAUCAUUUUUAAGUGGAUAUUUACCAUGUCACGGUCCCGUUGUCACCCUCCACGUUGUCAUGCUAAGUGCCACUAGCUUGCUAGAUAUUACUGUUAACUUACUACACGUGGCUGUGCGGAAACGCGGUGAUGUGACACGGAAACAUUAAUAGGCAUCCUCUCCUCCAUGUAGACAGUACCAUGCCCUUGGAGGAAGGACCACAAUCCUCUGCUAAAACCAAAGAGGGGCCUCGACUGGGCCCUGGAAUGUGCUGUUCACGACACUUGGUGGAAUCUAGCCAAAUUAGAUUCCAACAUGGACAGAUGCAGAGAGGUGUCCAGCUGCUAUGUCCGGCAGGACUAGUAGAGGAGAACAGCCUGUUGCUGGUCCUUCUGGCUCCCAAAGACAAGGUUACUGCAGCUGCUGUCAAGUUCUGUACAAUAGUGUGGAACAGCAUAUCUUGAGUGCCCAACAUAGAGAAGUGGUACGAGCUGCUAGAACAAAUGUAUCUUCUGGAAGUUUAUUAGAGAGAUUCCUCCAGGAUGUGCUCCAGCAUCAUCCUCAUCACUACAGCGAUACAAGGCCUACCCAUGCUGAUCUACCCUCGCUAACCACCCCACUUGUCCCAAAGGAGGUGCUCUCAGAGGUGUACUGUGGAUCAGAUGAUAAUGAAGUCUCUGUUGGGACACGAGAGGAGAUGCCUACCUCUGAUGAAGAGUCAUGCCAAAUGCUGCGAAUCGCAGCCUCAAUUCCAGCAGUGACUACUGACCUCACUGCAACUACACACAUACAAACUGAUUCCCAAAUAGGAAAAAUGGUGCCUGAACCACCUCCCCCUGAAAAGUAUUCCCCCACACAGGGUUUUUUGCACAGGACUAGUGGCAGCUCUGCCAAUGAAAAACCACAUACAUCACAAUUGACACUACUUGAUCAGAGAGAAAGCUCACAAACACACUCUGGACAUCCCUGUGCUUCAAAGCAGCCACCAGUCGCCAAGGCUGGAAUUGUUGAACACAGGAAAGCACACAAGAAAACCAAUAGGGAUAAUGAGGGGAGCGACUCCAUUACAGCAUCCCAUGCACCACCAGUUGCAAAGAGCAUUACCUCGAAGGACCAGCCUGCAACCUUUCAACCAGUGGCUGAGUCGUCCACAGUGUGGAUUUCAGGACUGCCUCUUUGGAAAGGCCUUCAUAGGGAACAGACAUUCAGUCAUCUAUCUGACCAGAUUCGAGAUGUGAUAGAGGAGGUUAUUGAAAAAUACUGUUAUGGCUACAGUCUCAAAGUUGACCAGCAAGAGGACGAUGGCAGCUUCCUUCUGAGUCCUCAGUCUAUGAGUGAAUCUGAAGGCAGUGAAGAAUGGGACAAUGCAGUACAGGUGGCUCUGGGAAAGGCAAAGGGUGAAGAAAAGAAUUUAGCCGAAUUACUGGAAGUGCAUAUAAACCUUGAAGACCAAGAAUACCAGACUCAGCUGGACACAGCUCUAAACUCUGUGGGAACACCUGAGGAAACCAAGGAAAGUGCUCCUGAGAAGGUGUUUCCCGAUCUUCCCCACAUACCACAGUCUUUUGUUGGAAAAACGUGGACACAGGUGAUGUUUGAAGAUGACAAGAAGAUAGAUUCUAUAGUUCAAGAAUUCCAACAAGGCGAAUUCCGUUGCUAUUUUGACAGUGAAUCCUUGGCUAUGUUUGGAAAGCACAGUAAGAAAAGGAGAAAGAACAAGAACCAGGGCAAAAAAGAUAAAGCAGAUACUGCUGGGUGUGAGCCUACAGACAUCUUGCCGCUUUUGGAACACAAUGAAGAAGACCCCAAACAUUCAGCUGUUUUUUUGAGAAGAACGAGGCAAAAAGUUUACAGAUUAGCAUCACGUUGCCAAGUGGUAAAGGUAAGCCAUGGUACACAGACCAUCCCUCUUAGCUACCCCGUGGUGCGACCAAAAUCAACACAAGAAACAUUCCCCUCAACACACAGUGAAGAGCCCCAGCAAUGCCCUAGCCCCGAAAGGACCCCUGACAUGAAGACCAGACUAUGUGCAUUAAAGCUUCCUGCUUCUUACUGCAAACUAAUGAGUCCUCUACAGCCUAAAACUGUGGUCUAUGUGCUUUCUUCCCCAGAUGGGGGUCAAGGAAUCUCCAAGCCCACUCCUAUUAAGAAAGCAGGGAGGAAGCGAAAGUCAUGUGAUAGUGAUGUUGGACCAAAGUACAAGUACAAAAAGACACCUCUUAAGUUCUACGACCCUUUGACCAAUAGGAUCUUGAAGAGUCCACCAAAAGGCAUGUCUUUACCCUCUAAUUCCAAAUCUCUUUCACAUGUCCGGCAGCUGUUCCGUAGCCUUAGUCCGGAUAUUAAUAAGGAGAGGCAGGGCCUGGAGCAGGGGCAGUCAUCAGGUGGAUCUCGAAAGGGUCGUGGUAGGAGCAGCAUGGCUGAUCUGUGUACCUCCACCUCAGACUCUAUUCUGGAGAGCGGUGGCCCCUCAGAACCUGGUUCUUCUUUGUCCAGCAGCCGAAAAGCCUUAUUCACCCGCUCCUCUAUCUCAAGUAGCAGUUGUUUCCUCCUUGGACACCUCACUCCAUCAGCCCAUGUGGAUGAUUCUUCCAAAGCACGUUCUCACUCUUGUGCAAGUAGUUCCUACAAGGUUGGAGGACUGGAACAAGAGGAACACCGACAACAAACACCAGUUGACCAAACACCAAUCAGACGUAGCUUACGGAGGGCUGGACCUUUGACUCCAGCCAAGAGACCGUCGGGACCCCCUUAUAGGACUAAGAGGAAGUCAACUAAACCACAGCGCAAAGGAAAAUCACAAAGCAAUCUCCGGCAAACUGUUAGCUCCCAUAUAUCUGCAGAAUGUAGGACAUCUCCCAGAAACAAGAACCCUGUUAGGGCCACGCUUAGAUCAUCGGCUUCCUCUAAACUGGCGAUUCAGCCGGUUAUUACAGCCUCUUCUAAACAAAUAAAUACAAUGCUCAGUGCCAGUCAGCAGAAGAGAGUGAGGGGGAGGACCGCCACUGUAAAUAUAGCAGACUGAACGUUAUCAGAUACCAGCCAUGAGCAUAAGCUGUCAUCUGUUCUUCAAAUGCUGUAUAGUUUUGCACAGUUGAAUUUCAGCUGACUGUUUCUAGUUGAAGUUCAUUUUUGUCUGUAUAUGUUUGUUUAUUUGUCAUAUGCAUUUCUUAACUUGUAAUGAGUAUAUUUUUUAAGUUUCUAAUGGGUAUUUUCACAAAGGUUGAUAUAAAUGGUUGUAAAUUAAAUUUAUAAUUAAUA